AAUCAAGUAUGGGUUUUUGCAGCAAGAGAAGUUACCCAACCACUGUUCAUUGAUCGAUUAGCCAAACAAGCACCCACCCCACCCAAUUCAUGAAGCUAGGCAGCCUAGCUAGCUUGUGGCUGCUAAACUGAUCAAGAAUUCAAGCCUUAGCCUAGCCUAGCUAGCUUGAUCCGGCCAGACAGCCAGCCAGCGGCUCAGGUGGCGCAGCGGCGAUGGCUGAGGUCGCGGUGGCCGCCGUGACCUCGCUGCUGGGGCAGAUCCGCAACGAGGCGCUGUUUCUGGGGCGCGUGAAGAGCGACGUGCGGUUCAUCAAGCACGAGAUGGAGAGCAUGAGGAGCUUCCUGGAGCACCUGGCCGAGACCGGCGGUGACCACGACCCGCAGGUCCAGACGUGGAUGGAGCAGGUCUGGGAGCUCGCCCGCGACUGCAGGAGCUGCGUCGACAUCUACCUGCAGCGCGGGAACCCGGCGGCGGUCCUCGGCCCGAGGGGCGGCGCCCUCCGGCGAUACCUCUGCUGGGCGCCUUGGUUCGUGCAGAGCAUGGUGCACCAGCACUACGCUGGCAUCGAGCUGAGCGAGCUCAAGGAGCGGGCGUGCGACGUCGCUCAGCGUCGCAAGAGGUACGACGUGGUGGUCGCCCCCAAGCUGGAAGCCGUGCCGCCACCGGCAUCGUCGUCAGAAGCUGAAGAAGACUACGGUGCAACACGCGACAAUUUGGCUGGUGGUGGUAGCAGCAAUUCUGAUCUCGGUCGAACAAGUGCUCUAGAGGGUCGGUCUCUAGAGAAUUACUGUGGCGAGGAGCUUGCCCACUGGGUGAUGGGCACGACGACAACGAUGGGAUCGUCGUCGGCUUCAAUACCAUCCAUCGCCAUUGUAUCGCCACCGAUACAAGAAGCUGAUGAUACAGCAGAGAUGGUUGCAAUUCAUGAUGCUUUGGCUUCUGUGGCGGCCACCCAUUUUGAGCGCUCACUCUUGGUCUACCUCCCGGCAAUGCAUCACAACCCCUCCCGUAUCCGGAUCAAACUCAGUGACAUCCUCUGCUACAUCCUGUAUCAAUGCCACAUGGAGAAGGAGAGCUGGCACUCCCGAUGGGGCCGCGAAUACUUAAGCAUGGUGGAGGAAUAUCGAGCGUCGAAUCCGGUGAAUGCCAUGAAAUGCUACAUUUACAAAAUGAAGAAGAUUGCUGACAUCUGUAGGGGUUACACUUUCAAGAGAGUUUUCCAAAAUGUUGUUCAAAUAGGCAGGAUGGUUACUCAAAGACUCAACGGUGAGCUUGAAAGAGGUGUAGAUGCUAUGCUCGGACUGACGAACAAGAAACCCUUGUGCAUACUCUUGAAAGCGCUGGAUUACCUUGAAUACGGCGCUGAUUUCACUGACGUGAGAAAGUACCACGAGCUUCGGGUUGACAGGAUGCCAUUUCAAUUUCAGAUGCUACAAUUGGAUGAAGAAAAAUUACUGGUGGCAACGGCCCAGAAGCUUAAAGGGCAUAUUGAAACUAACAUUCCGAUUCAUCUCAGCCAUGCCACAUAUGAAUCCAUCCUGCGCGAAGUGUUCCAAGCCAGCAACAAAAACCUACAGGCCCAGGAAGGAACCACUGCUCCCAGCCCAGGCGUUGGUACUAGUCAUGAUGUUGCAGCUGCAGCAGCUACUCCUACAACUACUACAUUCGACAAGGAUCAAAUCAAACAAAUCAUAUACAUCCACAUGGUUCAGCAGGAGGUCCUACAGGAGCUACAGGAUAAGCAGCCUUCACAAGUGCCGGAAGCAGGCAAAUCUUUGGUGAAGGCCGAGCAAGCCACACCUAAUCCAGCCAAUCAGGAUGACCAUGAAUUUACAAGUGCUAUCCAAGAAACCAAGGAAAAGAUCGCACAAAUCGGGGUAAAGAUCGAGGAACGGCUUCUUAUCGAAUGCAUAGUUGAGGAGAUUAAAGAGCUUUUGGGAGGUAAAAGGACCCUGAUUAUCAUUGAAGAUGAUAAGAACUAUGUAUCCCAGUGGUAUGAGCUCAGAAAUUCUUUGGAGCAGCUAUCAUGCUCAGGCAGCGCAAUGAUUGUGACCACCCAGGACACUCAAAGGGCCAAAGAGAUUUGCUAUCCACCAAGGGAGCCUAUAACCAAUUCUAUUGUUGGCAUGUACCAUGAUAUUUUGCUCAAGGUUACAAGCCAGCGAGUGAAUGGAGAUGCCAGUCAGAUUUUCCGUGACAUCCUGAACAAGUGUUGUCCAAGUGAGUUCUGCAUGAAGACCUUUGCUCAUGCCCUGUACACUAAUCCCAAUAGGAGCAAUGAAGAUAUGUGCAAGUUGCUUGGCUCCCUUCAUUCACAGCAAUCAUCGGGCAUCAAUGCUGAGAAGAUGAUCAAGUUCUCCUACGAUGAUCUCCGUAAAGAAUACAAGUCUUGCUUGCUGUACCUAUCAAUCUUCCCUCAUGGUUACUCCAUUAGGCGGUCAACCUUAGUAGAACGUUGGGUUGUAGAAGGGCUCAUAACUAAGGAAGACUGGCCUAGUGCAAUUCAUCAUGCUGAGCGAUGUUUCGACACACUCAUUGAUCGAUGGCUUAUCUAUCCCAAUGAUAUUGGAGCUGCAGGAAAGAUAAAGAGUUGCACUGUAGGUAAUCUUGUUCAUGAGUUCAUCACCAAGAUUGCAAAGAAACAACAUAUCGUGGAACCACGCCUGUCACAUCAUUUGGCUCGUCAUUUCUCCAUCUUCAAUGAGCUCCAACUCCGUGGCUCGGAUAGAAUCGACAGGUUCUUCAAGAAUCUCUCUAAAUCAUCUCAAUUGUCAAUGCUUAAAGUGCUAGAUCUAGAAGGCUGUUGUUGCUUCAAGGGGAAGGAGCACUACCUCAAGGACAUUUGCAGCAAUAUAUUACUACUCAAGUAUCUGAACCUAAGGGGAACGGAUAUUACCAAGCUACCUCAUCAAAUCAACAACCUCUAUGACCUGGAGGUAUUGGAUAUCCGGCAAACUAAGGUGCCUGCGUUUGCAACAAAGCAUGUCCUGCUCCUGAAGCUAAAACGUCUGCUGGCUGGUUCAAGUAUUAGUGAGACCACCAUGUCUAUCAGGGACAAGGAGCCAUUAUCCUCCUAUGUCCGAAUUCCUCUUGGGAUAAAAAAAAUGGCAAACGUGGAGGUAUUAUUCAAUGUCAAGGUCUGGACUGGCCAAGAGUUGAAAGACAUUGGGAAGCUAUGGCAACUGAGGAAGCUCGGUGUGGUUAUCGACGACAAGGACAAUCUACUCAAGAAUUUGCUUACAGCAAUUAGUGACUUAUGUGAGUGCCUCCGGUCUCUGUCCAUCACUAUUGUUCCCUGCAGUACCAAAAGAGAGGGCACUCCAUCCAUUGGAGACUUACCAGAGUAUAUUUCCCGUUGCCUGAAAUACCGUCCCAAGCUUCUUGAGAGCCUGUGCCUCCAGGGUACCACGCAAAAGGGCGAGCUUCUUACAUUAUUGGCUGAACGUUUUACUAAGCUUGUCAAGGUAACAUUGAGUUGGACCUCAUUGAAACAGAAAAAUCUGGAGGGUCUUGGUGAUCUGCCCAACUUAUGCUAUGUUAGGUUCAGAAACAAGGGAUACACAGAUGGCAAGCUCACCUUCAUUCAGCAAAAAUUCAAAAAUCUCAAGUACUUUCUUGUCGAGGGCAAAAACAUGAGAGGCAUCAAAUUUCAGAAAGGAGCAGCUCCAAGGCUCGAGAAGAUUGUAUUGUCCUUCACCAACAUAGAGUCUCUUGAUGGAGUCGGGGACCUUCCAAGACUGGAAGAGCUCGAGUUGAAGAGAAACAGAUUCCUUCUUUCAUUAUCUGAAGUGGGAGAAACUCUUGAGAAAUACAUGCUCACCUUCAAGAAGGAUGAAUUCCAACAUCUAAAGUACUUACUUGCUGAGGGUUUCAGCAAGAUCUUUGAGACAAACAUAACCUUUGAAGAUGGAGCAACUCCAAAGCUUGAGAAGAUCAUCUUGAACUCCUUCGCCAACAUAAUGUCUCAUCCUGGGGUCAGUAGCCUUCCAAAAUUUAAGGAGCUUGAGUUGAAGUGCAACAAGCCACUUCUUUCAUCAUUUGAAAAUGCCAAUAAAAUUUCCAAGGUGACUCUUCACUCUACCUUGCUGAAGAAUGCUGAUCUACAAAUUCUUGCAAAAAUACCAAGCAUAUGCUGCCUAGUGCUCCUGAGCGAUUCUUAUGAUGAAAGCCAACUUACCUUCAACAAAGGAGAGUUUCUCAUGCUCAACCUUCUUAUUGUCAAGUGCCCUACCAUCACCGACAUCAGCUUCACCGAAGGAGCAGCUCCUAUGCUUGAGAAGAUCAUCUGGUCCUUCACCAAGUUGAAUUCUCUCUCAGGCAUCGACAACCUCUCCAAACUGAAGGAGCUCGAGUUCAUUGGUGACCUUGUCCCUGACCAGGUGAGGAUAGACAUUAAUGUACAUAGAAAGCAUCCUGUUCUUAACCACAAGCCGCCAGAGCACCAAGACCAAGAAAACGGAAGUGAACAAGGAGAAAAGGAAGAUGAUCCAAGGUUUCCAGCUUGCUCAUGGUUGUUUUUGAAGAACAAGUAUUGGUCUGAUAACUAAUGAAACAAAAUGUUUCAUGCAUGUAUCCUCCAUCCUUCCAUCUAAUUCGUGAUCGCCUGCUCCAUGAAUUACUUGUAUGCUAGAAUGUGCUGUCCUUCUGUAAAUCUGUAAUACUUGUGUCUGUCUGUCUGUCAGUCAGUCUGUCUGUUUAUUCAUCAAUCAAUUCCUAGCUACCAGCUGCUAGCUGCAUGCAUGAUCUGUGCCAUCUGAUUAGUGCACACAUGCUAGCUAGCUAGUUACCUGGAUAGCUUGAGCAUUGCAGCUGUGCCGACCAGAUGCAGCUAGCUGCGCUCGUGUAUCGAGUAGGAUUUGUGUGGGUUUCAUCUGAAACCAUCUCAAGGUGGGCCUUGAGGUAAUCACUAAUCAGUGCGUGUGAUUUGAGCAUAUGGGUGUGCCUAUGCUCAUGGUGGAUUGAAUUUCUGUAUAUAUGUAUGUAAUUCAUCCCUCUGGAACCAUCAGGGUGUGGUUUCAUGUAAUAAGU